GACCAACACAGCGAAAACCACGCUGCAAACAGCAAUGAUAAUUCUCACCCUACCCCAACCAAGCAUUGGGGCAGGUUAGCGUAGUGCUGCCCCGGGAUACCCAGCGCUCACUGCAAUAACCCCGCAUCCAAGAGGGGACGCGCCGCGCGGGAGCGGACUCUGUGCAGAAGCGCCACAUUCAGCAUGGGGUUGCUUACCAACCUCGCUCGAGGCCUGGUCCGAGGUGCGGACAGAAUGGCUGAAUUUACCAGCAAACGUGGACCCAGAAGCCAUAACAAAGGCAGAGGAGCCAGGAAAUUGGGUUAUGUCACCUUAGGUGGGAAAUUUAUCAAAAUUAAGGAAAUGGUCCCUGAAUUUGUGGUUCCGGAUUUGACAGGGUUUAAGCUCAAACCAUAUGUUUCCUAUAAGACUCCUAAAGGGACAGAACCACCACUGACGGCCAAACAGCUUUUCAUGGAAGUUGUUGCCCCACAGAUUGAGAAGGAUAUUAAAGAAGGAACUUUUGACCCCAAUAACCUUGAGAAAUAUGGAUAUGAACCUACUCAAGAAGGCAAGCUCUUCCAGUUGUUUCCCAAGAACUAUGUGCGUUAAGAAGCAAAGAAUAUUAUAGCUUUCCCUUGAAAGUUUCUGCAGCAACUAAUCCAUAGGAAAUUUUUUAAAAAUGUUGAAUAUGGAGAUUUCGGCUAGAGAGGGAAACACAUCCUGCCCUCUUUCAGUACCUAUUAAAAGAAAAUCCUACUGA